UUAUAAUAGCUUUUAGCGGUGAUUUGUCUGGAAACGUGUGUUUUACUCACACGUGUUUGAAUAAGUUUUCAUUAAGUUUUUCAUAUAUUUCAAGUUGACAUAAUGGCUGAUGUUGCUGAUAUUCCCGUUGAAGAGGUGAAAAAUGGUGCGUCCGAAAAAGCCGAAGAAGUAGCGACUGAAAAUCCUACAGUAACUGCAGAUGAAAUCAAAAAAGAUUCCGCAGCGGAAAUUAAAGAAGACAGCACAGAGGAAAAAAGCGAUGUUGCAGAAGAAACCAAGAAGGAUAGUUCCGAAGAUGAAAACGCUGGUGACGUGCAACUGAGCAAACAAGAGCGGGGUAUUAUACGUCAAGUGGAAUAUUACUUCAGUGACGCUAAUUUGCGUCGUGAUAAAUUUUUGUUGGAGCAGAUCUCCAAGGAUGAAGAGGGCUGGGUACCUCUUUCCGUCUUAUUAACAUUUAAACGUUUAUCAUCUUUGAGUACCGAUCCGAAUGUGAUCAUUGAUUCCCUUAUAAAGUCUGAUGAAGGUUUACUCGAAAUUAGUGAAGAUAAGGAAAAGCUUCGCCGUCAUCCCGAACGUCCUAUUCCAGAGCACAAUGAGGAACAACGUAAAGAAGUGCAAUCGCGAACUGCAUAUGCUAAAGGUUUUCCAUUGGAAACCACCAUGUCGGAGUUGAUUGAUUUCUUUGCACCUUAUGAAAAGGUGUUGCACAUUACCAUGCGCAAAUACCUAGAUAAACCCACCAAAACAUAUAAAUUCAAAGGCAGCGUAUUUGUAACAUUUGCGAAGAAAGAACAAGCUCAAGAGUUCAUCGAGAAGGAAAAGGUACUAUAUAAGGAACGUGAACUUUUACGCAAAUGGCAAGAUAAGUUUUAUGAAGACAAAAAAGAAGAGACAAAGUCUAAAUCAAAGAAGGGCAAAGCCAAAGUAGAGGAAGAAAAGUUGCAACUGCCUAAAGGAACUGUUGUGUACUUCGAAAAUUGUACAGAUGUUGUUACCCGCGAGUUAUUGCGUGAGGCUGUAGAAAAGGUUGAAGGCAACUGGGAAAUUGCUUAUAUUGAUUAUAGCAAAGGCGACAAAACAGGUCAUAUUCGCUUUUCUGACGAAAAUAAUGGAUCUCAGUUCCUCGAGAAAUUGACUGAAAAUAAGUUGAAAUUGAGCGAUGACUUGGAGCUGGUAUUGCGUACGCUCUCGGAAGAAGAAGAGAAGACAUAUUUGGCUAAGGCUGUUGAACAAAUGAAAAGUCGACGAAACCACCACAACAAAAAUAAGUUCGGUCACGGCAACCGCAAACGUCGCGGCGGACACGAGCAUCGCAAUGACGAAAAGAAAAGGCGAUCUUAAGCAAACUUUUGCAAAAGAAAUAAUGCAAAUCUUUUUUAACAAUUGGCUAAAAUGGUCAUCUAAAUGUUAUAUUUAUGUGCAUAAUUAUAUGUAAAGACUAAGUAAUAGAAGUAACCUUAAGUCACUUGAGUAUAUGAGACGUACGAAAUUCAUGACGCAUUCACAUUUUCCACUUUUAAGAAUCCGAAUAUAGGAAUUCGUCUUUUUUUUUAACACUGUGUGCAUUGUGAAUGUUGGUGCAUAUUUUUUAAGAGUGUUAACUGAAAUUAUUUGAAAAUAGAUUUAGAUUUAAAGAAAAUCAAUAACAAAAAAUAGUAUAAAGAAUAUUUUUAUCAAAAUAUAUGCGUAAAAAUUGAAUACAUCUUAAUGUAUUUAACGACUGGCUCGAAUUGGCCAAUAUUAAUAAAUACAAAACGUUUCACAAAAC